AUGGUCCGGUAUUCAACUAUAAUCCGUUGCUUUCCAGGAUGGAAAAUCGCAGCUUUGGCUGGAUGUGGAUCUGCAGUUGUGUUCUCCGCAUCGGCCUUGCUGUUCGCUGUGCUUGCCUUCUGUCAUCGAACUUUUAUUUGUGCCUCUACAGUAGUCGUCACUAUUGCUGCCAUAUUAUCUAGUAUUGGAGUGACUGUUUUUUAUGCAUGGGCAAACUAUCAGGACAACAAAGUUAUCAAAGAAGACGGGGACACCACCUAUGAGCAAAUUCUUGGGUGGGCUUUUUACUGCCAAAUUUUCACCACCGUCAUUCACUGGCUUGCAUCAAUGUUAGGCUGUUGCGUCACCUCUGUCUCCUUCAGUAAAUCCAGAGCGAAAUUGGUUAAAAUUGAGGUCGUUGAAGGUGGUGACGAGAGGCAGUUACUAUCGGGACCUUCCUCAUCACAGCCUUUCAAAAGAUCAUUCUCUGCAAUAUACCGCGUCGAUUCUCAAUCUCUACGUCAGUGGGAACGUGAUUACAUGAGAAACGCCAGAGAACGGCAACAGCAAAGCGAAGGAAGUUCGUUCAAACGCACGGCGUCUAUGCCGAACUUCUCGAAGAAGCAGCGCAAAGCCGCUCAAAGAAAGUUGGCAGACAGGUCCAGUCGCGAGUUGUUCUCCUCAGCAAGCAACAUUACCGACACCACACAAACAGGGCAAGUUUUGCAAUUGGGUUCGCUGCGUUUUUUGAGCGGCUGCCACCACAGAAUGAAACAGCGGACUAUUGCUUGCCGAUUGAAGAUUGUCAUUUCCAGGAUCGGUGAACACUUUGGAGUGGAAUCAAGCGCGGAGACCCACUCCAGGCGUCAUGCCUCCUACGCGGACCACCAGCCAUCGGCGCUUCCUGCCCUUCCAAAACUGAAGUCUGCGUUGAAGACACCACAGCAGUCCAGGAAGAGUGUGAACAUUGAUGACAGCGAUGUGACCUACGAGUGCCUGCCUUGCGAUGCUUCAGCAGGCGUGUCAAGCCUGUUUGGUGGCAGGCCUUCAUCCUCUCUCCGAGGCCAUCAGUAUGAUCCGGUUUAUGAACAAAUCGGCCAAGAAAACUACCUGGAGCCGAACAGCGUUCGAAUGCGAUCCAACCAGGCUCUGAACAUUGAUCAAGACAAAAAAGCUCUGCUACCUACACAACCGCUACCUGGAUCAUCGCAGUCCAUUCCGACUUCUCAUCAAAAAACCACCGUAAUCGACGAUGUGCCUUCCACUCCAGCGACAAAACCGACCACUCCUAGUCGAGUCGACAAGCCGCCCCUAUCCAUAAGAGAGUUUGGAGUUUCAUUAACGCCUAAAAAAGGCUAUUGCGACAUCGAAACGACCUUCGACAGUGCUGGUCCUUCAAGCAAGAGUGUCAGCUCGUCCAACCACAUCAAGUACAGUGAGCUAGAGAAAGGACCAGAUGUUCGUAGACCAUCCCUCCCACACCAAUUAAGUACGUCUCAGUGGAGCGAAGCAGCGUGGAAAGACUUCGGGAGCUUGCAGGGCGACCAAGUACCUCCAUAG